AUGGAGCGCGGGUUCCCGCUCUUCGCGCAGCUCCCGCCCGAGAUCCGCCAGCACGUCUGGCGCCUCGCCCUCGCCCAGCGCUGGGCCGUCACCAGCCUCAAGCGCCACCGCGGCCGUGUCAGGCUCGUCGGCGCCGUGCCGCGUGCCGUGCCGCAGUCCUGUCGCGAGGCCCGCGCCGUCAUGCAGGCCUCGUGCGCGCACGUCGACGGGCUCGGCUGGCUCGACUUUGCCCGCCACCUCUUCUUCUUCCGCGACGCCCGCGCCGACCGCGGCCUGAUGAUGCAGCAGCACGUCGACGUGCUGGCCCGCGUCCAGCACAUGGUGCUCAACCCGCGCGACUGGCCCCAGCUCUGGCACUCGCUCGCCCAGGUCAAGACGCGCUGCCCGUCGCUGCGCUCCCUGGUCCUCGUCGGCCCCUGGUUCGAGCCCCCCGCUGCCGCCGCCUCGUACGCCGACAUCGAUCAGGCCCCCUGGGAGGACUGGUCCCCGCUGUUCCGCGGCUCGCCCACCGAGCUCGACGUCGCUCCGCUGCUCGACGCCCUCGAGCACGGCCGCGCCGCCAACGCCGCCUGGAUGGCCGCCUACGCAGCCCGCCUGGACCGUGCCGCGCGCCUCUUGCCCGACGGCGUCGACGAGAUCGAAAACGUCUACUCCCGCACCCGGGCCGCCCUGCGCGAGCUGGAAGAAACCCUGCGGGCCUUCCCCAACGCGACACCAAGCCUGCAAAAGGAAACAAGCGACGCGGAGAAGCAGGUCUCGUCUGGUCUGUUGCCCCUGGCCGCCACCCUGCCCGACCUAAGGGCCAGGCUUAUUGCCGCUGGCAGCAUGGCGUCGGUGUCAUGA